UGGUCAGCUCUUCGCGGUCCUCCGCCUGUCGGUCUGUGUGCGGGCGUUGUUGCUACGACGGCUGCCAUUUUGGUUCGAAGCAUUGUAGCGCAGACUUCUUAGGAUAUCAACAAUAUUACUCCGAGUCAGGACUACAUUCUAAUAAUUAAAAAUGCUUUCUGCCGCCCAGCUACUCGAUGAGUUAAUGGGCCGGGACAGAAACUUGGCCCCGGAUGAGAAACGGGCCAAUGUUCGGUGGGACGACGAGAGCGUCUGUCGAUAUUAUCUUUGUGGCUUCUGUCCAGCUGAGUUAUUCACCAACACCCGCUCAGAUUUAGGUCCUUGUGAGAAAAUCCAUGAUGAAAAUCUGAGGAAAACGUAUGAGAAAAGCUCCAGGUUUAUGAAAGAGGGCUAUGAGCGAGACUUCCUGCGGUACCUGCAGUCCCUCCUGGCCGAAGUGGAGCGGCGUAUCCGCAGAGGGCACGCUCGCCUGGCUCUGUCCCAGGCCCAGCAGAACUCAGGGGGGCCUGCACCGUCAGGAAAGAACGAAGAAAAAGUCAAUGUUCUAACAGAGAAGAUUGAAGACCUGGUUGUUCAGAUUGAGGAGCUGGGGUCAGAGGGUCGUGUGGAGGAGGCUCAGGGAAUGAUGAAGUUGGUGGAGCAGCUGAAGGAAGAGCGGGAGAUGCUCAGCUCCACCCCCUCGACCAUCGAAAGCUUUGCAGCUCAGGAGAAACAGAUGGAAGUGUGUGAGGUUUGUGGGGCUUUCCUCAUCGUUGGCGACGCUCAAUCCCGAGUGGACGACCACCUGAUGGGCAAGCAGCACAUGGGCUAUGCCAAGAUAAAGUCUACCGUGGAGGAGCUGAAGGAAAAACUGCGGCGUCGUUCCGAGGACCCCCAAGGGGAAAACCCGGUCCUGAAACGGGACAGAGAAGAGCGCGAGCGAGAGAGGGAGGAAAGGGAGAAAAAGCGCAAAGAGGAGGAAGAGAAGGAGAAGGAACGAGAGAAGGAAAGGGAACGGGAGCGCGAGAGAGAGCGGGAGCGCGAGAGGGAGCGAGACAAGGAGCGGGAGCGAGAUCGCGAGAGGGAAAGGAGGGCACGACGAAGUCACUCCAACAGCCGCCACUCCAGCCGAGCGUCGGACAAGAGACGAAGCAGAUCUCGUGAUCGACGAAGGUCCAGGAGCCGGGACAGGGACAGGGAACGGAAACGCAGCAGGAGCAGAGACAGGGAGAGGAGACGCAGCCGCGAGCGCUCUGACAGGAAACGCCGCUCCCGCAGCCGCGACAGGAGGAGGUCACGCAGCUCUGACCGCAAGUCUCACCGCCACCGCAGCCGCAGCAAGGACAGAGAGCGAGACAGAGGCAAGGAGAAAGACAAAGAGCGGUCGUCUAAAGACAAAGACCGUAAAGCAUCAGAGGAGAAGAGCGGUUCUAAGAAAGACAGGCACACUGAAAGUGAUGCAGCUGCCAUCAGAGCUUCAUCAGAACCAGAACCGAUGCAGACGGAGGCCGCCGCCUCCCCCCCUCUGGUCAAUGGCCAACAAGAGCUCCUCCAAUCUGAAGGUGACACUCAGUCCAAUUAAAACUGAUCUGAUAGGACCUCAGAUCAGGCUCAGGUAAGUGCUGCCUCCUCUUCACUCCCCCUGGCUCUCAACCCACCCUCACACACCCUGACCCCUCCCCUUAACACCCACCCCACCCCUCCCCCUUGCCCUGUUAUGUUCAGUUCAAUGACUCUGAUGUUGUCUGAUGUACUACAUGCAAACAUCUUUAUCCUGUUUUUGAUUAGUGCAUCGUAAGUAUGCACUGAAGAUGAAGGCCUAGGCCCGAUGAGUGAGAAGAAGGUAGAAAAGAUUCACUCAAAGCCAAGAGGGAAAGGCCAGUGUAGCCCUGAGGUACCCCUCGUUUUGUCUCGGUUUUUGACCCUUACACAUGUUUAUGUCACAUUGUCAACACAAUGACAGCAAAACGUAACUCAUCAGUCUAAACUUUCUAGCUGUUUUCAUGCCUGCUUUUACCUUAUUUUACUGUUUUCAAACAGGAAAUGGUAACAUUCGAUCCAGGGAAGAAGUGUCUCCAUGUUUAUUUAUCUAUCGCUCAGAUUUAUCCCAGUCAUGUGUAGAAAGCCGAGAAAACAGAUCAACCUUGGAUUUAAGGUGUGUGUGGAGAACAGCAGCACUUAAUGUAGCCAUGGAUUUCUGCUCCAGCUUAAUGUGCCUGAUGAUGCCAUGCACUGUGUGUGGGGUGGGUGGGGGGUGCAGCACCGGGAACCUGAGGAUUGACUAACUGGAGGGUAGGGUUUAUCACAUGAAUUGCAGCUGACUUCUAUACCUCACACAGCGUUGGUGUUGUGAGCGAGACCACAUGAGAAAAAGGGCAAAUUAAAAAUCUUGGAUACUCUCUGACUGUCAAACUGUGCAGGUACUCACCCCAGGUACUCCUUUCUCUACCCACAUCCAUUUCUGAAUGCUGUUGCCUGUCAGAACAAACCGUUAUUCUUUAGAUCGAGUAUUUGAAUCAACAGCUGUGUGUAUUUUUUCUAAUGGUCAUUUUUGCUCUUGUGUUUAUGGAGGAGUCGUGUUAGACUUAGACGAUGAUGUACCCUUUGCCAUCAGCUGAAAUUGUCACUAACAUGUACCUGGUAGCAUUGUUUGGCUGUUUAAAGUCACAUUUCUGUAGUCUGUAGGGUGUUUCUGUGGUUCUCAGGUUUUUCUUUCACAUGGCAAAGGGAAUAUCACGCAGCCUCGUCUCCACAUUUAAACCUGAUCUUGUGGAGGGUAAUUGUGAAUUGCUAAAUAUUUCAAUUCAGAGAGAAUAAUAGGAUAAUGUGGCCAAUUCACCCAAGAUUAUAACUAUAGUUAACUUUUAUGCAUUAAUGGUGGUUUUUUUUGUCAGACUUCCUCCGUGAUUAGGUUGAGGGAUGUUUGCUUAGUGAAUGUUCUCAGGUGUUGCUACGAGCCCGUGUUGUGGGACCUUUGCUAAUAUUGCGCAUUGUGGCCGUUUUUCUCCACAGAGGAAGCUGGGAUGACUUAUGGAAGAAGUGGAAGAGAGCACCCGUCUUUACCCUGAACCCGACACACCGCUGCUUAAAAAUAAGGUGAACCACAAACGUGUUGUGGCUUAUUUAAGAAAUGAACCUAAAGUACACGUGUAAAUGUGGAGAUGAACUAUUCAUGUUUUUUAUGGUCAUCUCAUGUCGGUUAUGAGGAUAGCUGUGGUUCAUCUGAUUUUUAUAAGAUUGAUUGGUCCAUCUCUUAGAAAACUUAGUUAAGGUGCAAAUAGGUUUUUGUUUUAUUUUGAAAAUCUUUACACAUCCUCUGUGUUUCUUGGCAUUUAGAAAAAUGGAAUAAACUUCAAAAACAGUGCUUGUGAUUUGUGUUUGUUAGUCAGGUUGUCUCACUUCCUGACCUUUGAAGAAGUCCGAUCAAAGCGUUUGUGCGAUUUCAGGGAGUCUCUUCACCCCCACUUAGAGCCCACGAUGAAUGCUCUUGUCCCAAAUCUGUAAAAUAUUAUGAUUUAUUUUCAUUGAAGACUUUUGAACAUUUAAGAUUUAAUUUUGCCUUGCUUUUAAUGUUCAUGUUAUGUUGAAUAAAAUGUAAAAUGGAA